AUUAAAACAUGCCCUUAUGAGUCACAGAAACUGUCGCAGCUUCCCAUCCAUUGUUCUGCGAAGGAGAUAAAGCGGGACUUUCCAAGAUGGCCGGAUGUUGAUAAGAAUUUCUGACUUCUGUUGAGGGUGAAAUAUUGUUUAUAACAUGCAAAAUGUCUGAUGGUGCAUUACAUUAGCAAACUAUGGCACAAAAGGAAGUGAAAAUCUAUGCUAUAGAUACACACUUUUUUCAGCUAAAGACCACUGAGUUGCCGUCAUGAUUAAUUACGAAUUUGAGGAACUUUUCGAUCUGCUCAUCUUCUACGGGAAAGGAAAACAUGUCUCAGGGGAAUCAUCGGAGUCGGAUCUUCUCAAAAUAGAUGAUUCUGGUGACAACUUGCUGCACAUAGCUGUGAUAAACCAAAGAAUGGACCUUGUUACAAAGAUCCUGAAUUUGAAAGAAGAUAUAGUCAGAACUUUAGUCAAUACCAAUAACUGUCUUGGCCAGACGCCAUUACAUCUAGCAGUCAUCACUGGGCAGCUGGCAAUCUCAAAGUUGCUUACCCAAUACAGAGCAAAUUUAGCAUCAAGAAACAAUGAAGGAGACACCUCGAUUCACCUGGCAACCAAACUUGGAAAAAAUGAUUGUCUGGAGUUUCUCUCUCAAAAUUCGGAUAAACAGACUAUCAAUCUUCCAGAUGAUGCAGGAAAAUCUCCAUUGCACUUAGCAGUUGAAACUCAGAACAUCUUAGCUAUAAGCAUUCUUGCUAAGAAUGAAGCUGACAUUAAUUUUCAGAAUGCAAAGACUGGUGAAAAUGCACUUCACUAUGCUGUUAAAAAAGAAAAUGAGGAUAUGAUUCGAAAGCUUUUGGAGCUAGGUGUGGAUGUCAAUGCAGCUGACAUUGAAGGAAACACUCCUCUUCAUUCACUUCCAAAUGCAGAACAUCGCCAGUUGGCACAACUGCUGCUUGAGAAUGGAGCAGAUGUCUAUAAGAAAAACCAUAAUGGACAAUCACCACAUGACCGUGCUGAUAAAACUAUGCAAAGGUUUCUUCAGCGUAAUAGAAAAGACAAGAAAACACGGCGAAGGCGUGUGAAGGAUGGUUCUGUAACAAAUCAAAAUAGUGAAUCAGCCAUGACUUCUGUUGAGACAAGUUCAGAAGGAAUUCCACUGUUGUUCAGCCUGCCCCAAUUUCAGACAGUGCCUCCUGAGAAAAAACUUCGAUUGAAAACAGACACACAAAGAAAUACAAGUCUGCCCAAUAAUAGUGACAUUUCUUCUCCUCCUCUAGUGAACUGGCUAUUAUCAGACGAAUCUCAAAAGAGCCUUGCCACUGAUGAGAGUUUGGAAGUGUUAGACGAAGGCCAAAACACAUCGAUACCCUUUACUUCCUACUCGUGUCCAGUUUCAAACACAUCUGAUGGCACUAUCGACGUAACGAGCAGUGUUAUGAAAAACCAAGAUGGAUAUCAGGACCUCUCUCAGCUGUCCCAGACUUUGACAAGAUCGUUAACUCAACCAACUAAUAGUCAGCUACAGGAGUGUUUGAUCGGAAUAAAUAAUAGCUGCGAAAAGGUGGACUUGGCAUCUACUUCAAGUCCACUUAAUGCUCAGUUUAGUACAACCACUGCAUUUACUAGCUCUAUAGCAAGCACAGAAAGCAACCCAAUGACGGUGACCAAUCCACAGGCAGCCGGUGUCUCCACCACUCCUACAACGUCUGCCAGUCAGUGCUUUAGCAUAGAUCAGGCUUUCAAUGAUAUUGGCUUGUUUGAUAAGGAGAAUCAAGAACUUGCACAAAAGAUGCCAACCUUCUUGUGUCACGUUGAAGAAGUUGCACGUCAUCUAAAUAUAACUCCUGCAGAGGCACUGACGAAGCUGUUAUUGAACAAUACUGUGCAACAAUAAUGCUAAUAGGGUGGUGAGUCAUCUAUCUCUAAGUAUCUCGCCAUUCAUCUUUGACACGUCAGUUCAAACUGAUUUUAAAAAGUAACGCUCUGCACUAAUUUAUAAAUUUAUACUAUUUAUACUAUUGAAUAGAAUUUAUGAAUAGCAUAGACGAGGCGUGUAUAAUAUAUGCAAAUAGGAUGGAAAGGAGACUAAAGUGGAACUGCGAAUUUUUGAGAGUGGGAAUAAAUGUUUUAGAGUUUUGUUUCAGUUUUGUCGUAAAGCCUUGAAAAGGCCUUCCCCUCGAAUAAUCCCACACCCUAAAAUAUUUUUGCGAAUUAUUUUAAGAUUUACAGUAAUUGGUUUUUCCCCCAAGAUUAUAUAUAUUUACAAAUACAUUUCCGAGCUUCAGGUUGACAGGUGAAUGUUUAUCGUCUGCUUUAAAAACCGAUAGCCUUAGGUGAAGGGAUGAAGAGUGUUCAACAAAAAUGUAAAAACAACUCCGAAAGACUAAUUAAGAUAAGGCGCAGUUUUAGCGAGGUUUGUAUAUUUUCAGCUAUCUUUCUUUGGACAUUUCUUCUGCGAUUACAAGUGUACAACUUUUCAGCCAUGAUUUGCAACAGAAAAUGGGGUUUUUAGUAUCUAAUAAUCUCUCGUGGAUGCUUGGUAGAUCUUCGCUAGUAUUAAUUAUUUCAGGGACUUGAUUCUUUAAGCAAUCCUGAAAUAGCAUGCCUUGAUAUGUUUUUGAACAUUAAAAGUCUUAGCAAUAUUUUUAUUGUGAUUUUAUUUAGUUUUAAUUGCUCUGUCAGCUAAUAUAACUACAGUUCUAUGUAGUCUUUAACCCUUGUCCUUAGACAUCUUGUUGUAAUUUUGACAUCCGCAUAAAAGUGCCAAUUUUGACAUCCGCAAAAGGAUCCGCAUAAAAGUGCCAAUUUUGUAACAAUAAUUUGGCUCAAUUUCCAGCCUUGAAUGGCGAUAAAACCUCUCAAAAUCAACCAUAUUGUUUUUAUACUGAAUCCUGAAAUUCUGAUUGUCACAAACUCCUUGAAAACCCACAAGCUGGAACUGGAAUUUCGAACAACGCUUGUUAACUAAGGGCCUAGUCAGUCAAUCUAAUGUUGGUUCUUUUGUGCGGAUUUUAUUAAAAAGUAUUUAUCAAAAACGCAUGUCUAUAUUUCGCCUAGAUCACAGAUACGUUAUUAGUAUCAUCGCCAGGAGUAGCAAAUAUUUAAUUGGUUGGCUGUUGUUGAUUGACAGCUUUCUUGUGACCAAUCAGAUUUAAGAUCUUGGAAUUUUGCUGUAAGUGACAAAACCUUUCUUCUUUCUUGCACCUCUGAAUUUGUUAAUAUACGAAAUGAUUUAUAGAUUAAUAUGUAUCGAUUAGCAUUAAAAAUUAAAUUAUUGAACAUAUUUCAUAAAGUAAAUGACAUCUAAAGUUGGUAAAAA